GCUGGGAUAGAGGAGAGAAAGAUGUUAAUUCUUACCUUGAAUUUGCUCUGCUGAUUGGACUGAGGAGGGGUUCUGAGCAGCACCAAACAUGAAACUGCCACAGCAACAAGAAGAUACUGAUGUACAGUGCAGUCAUCCAUAAAGUAGAGAGUACUACUAAACUCCUCUGCACAGUGUAGUGUUUCCUACUUUAUGGAUGAGUGUACUGUUGGCUACGGAGAAAAACACUACAGGGACUACAGGGACUCCAGUGAUCAAUGAAAGAUUCUGAAAAGCUUGGAGACCUUGGUCUAUGUUUAAGUUGUAUUUAAUUUAUGCACUAGAAAUGCAGUCCUCUGAAUAAAUCUUCCCGUUAAGUAUUCAAUCAUGUUUCUCAAGUAAAAGUAGAUUUGAUUGCAAUAUUGUACUUAUGAAAAUAAAUAAAUAGUGUUUCUUCAAUGGUUUGCUUUCCAUGGUUUAUGGUCAUUCAACAAUUGUAGAUUUUUGUAUAACAAUCUGUCACGCCCUGACCUUAGUAUUCUUUGUUUUCUGUAUUAUUUUGGUUUGGUCAGGGUGUGACAUGGGUGAUGUAUGUGUUUUUGUACUGUCUAGGGGUUUUGUAUGUUUAUUGGGGUGUAUACUAUCUAGGUGUUUAAAUAUGUCUAUGGUUGCCUAGAUUGGUUCUCAAAUAGAGGCAGCUGUUUAUCGUUGUCUCUGAUUGGGAACCAUAUUAAGGCAGCCAUCUUCUUUGGGUAUUUUGUGGGUUAUUGUCUACGUCUAGUUGCAUGUGUAUGCACAUUUAUAGUAUAGCCUCAUGUUCGUUUUGUAUUGUUUGUUUGUUUGUUUAAGUGUUCUUCGUCUUAUUAAAGAAGUUGUAUUCAUAUCACGCUGCGCUUUGGUCUCCUCUUUACGACAAACGUGACAGAAUAACCCACCAUAAAAGGAUCAAGCAGCGCGAUAAGGAGGAACAGCGCUUUGUGGAGUCUAGGAUUUGGGACGAAAUACUGGACUGUAAAACAUCCUGGACCUGGGAGGAGGUAAUGGCAGGGGACAAGACCCUGCCAUGGAAGCAGGUGGAGAGAGCACAGGAGGAACGGCGACGAUAUCUGGGUACAAGGCUAGCACGGAAGCCCGAGAGGCAGCCCCAAUACAUUUUUUUGGGGGGCAGGCACACGAGGAGUUUUGCUAAGUCAGGUAGGAGAUCUGAGCCAACUCCUCGUGCUUACCGUGGCAGGCGUCGUACUGGUCAGGCACUGUGUUAUGCGGUGGAGCACACGGUGUCCCCAGUACUCGUGCUUAGCCCGGUGCGCUACAUCCCAGCUCCCCGCAUCUGCCAGGCUAGGUUGAGGAUCCAGCCAGGGCGGAUGGUGCCAGCCCUGCUCUCCAGACAGCCAGUGUGUCUCCUCGGGCCAGGAUAUCCUGCGCCGGCGUUGCGCACUGUGUCUCCCGUAUGUCUGCACAGCCCAGUGCGUUCUGUGCCUGCGCCCCGCAUGUGCCGGGCUAGAGUCACUAUCCAACUAGGACGUUUUGUGCAGGCCAUUAGCUUGAGACCUCCAGUGCGUCUUCACGGUCCGGUCUAUCCAGUACCACCAGUGCCAACACCACGCACCAGACCUCCAGUACGCCUCCACAGCCCAGUACAUCCUGUUCCUCCUCCCCGCACUCGCCCUGUGGUGCGUGUCACCAGCCCGGUACCACCAGUGCCGGCACCAUGCACCAGGCCACCAGUGCACCUCCAGGGUCCAGUACUGCCUGUUCCUGCUCCUCGCACUCGCCCUGAGGUGCGUGUCCCCAGCCCGGUACAACCAGUGCCGGCACCACGCACCAGGCCUAUAGUGCGCCUCGGCAGUCCAGCCCGCAAUCGCCCUGAGGUGCGUGUCCUCGGCCCAGUACCACCAGUACCGGCACCAUGCACCAGGCCUGCAGUGCGCCUCGCCAGUCCAGAGCGUCCGGCAACAGCACCCAGUCCAGAGCGUCCGGCAACAGCACCCAGUCCAGAGCGUCCGGCAACAGCACCCAGUCCAGAGCGUCCGGCAACAGCACCCAGUCAAGAGCGUCCGGCAACAGCACCCAGUCCAGAGCGUCCGGCAACAGUCUACAGACCGGAACCUCCCACGACGGGCCGCAGUCCGGAACCUACCACGACGGGCCGCAGUCCGGCUCCGCCAGAGUCUCCCUCCAGUCCGGCUCCGCCAGAGUCUCCCUCCAGUCCGGCUCCGCCAGAGUCUCCCUCCAGUCCGGCUCCGCCAGAGUCUCCCUCCAGUCCAGAGGCGCCACUCACUCCAGACUCGACCAUCAGUCCAGUGCUGUCCUCUAAUCCGUGGUCGGCGGUGAGGGUUCCCGCUCCAGAGACAUUAAGUGUGACGAGUCAGAAAUGGAGCGUGUCCAUGCCCUGAGCCAGAACCGCCACCUCAGAGUCAUGCCCACCCAGACCCUUCCAUAUAGGUUUAGGUGUGCGAGCCCGGGAGUCCACAUCUUUGGGGGGGGGGGGGGGGGGGUACUGUCACACCCUGACCUUAGUAUUCUUUGUUUUCUUUAUUGUUUUGGUUAGGUCAGGGUGUGACAUGGGUGAUGUAUGUGGGUUUUUUGUACUGUCUAGGGGUUUUGUAGGUUUAUGGGGGUGUUUACUAUCUAUGUGUUUGUAAGUCUAUGGUUGUCUAGAUUGGUUCUCAAUUAGAGGCAGCUGUUUAUCGUUGUCUCUGAUUGGGAACCAGAUUUAGGCGGCCAUCUUCUUUGGGUAUUUCGUGGGUUAUUGUUUAGUUGCCUGUGUUUGCACUUUUGCAUCAUAGCGUCACGUUUGUGUUAUUUUGUAUAGUUUGUUUAAGUGUUCUUCAUCUUAUUAAAAAAGAUGUAUUCAUA